CAACCGAGAAGGAUACAGGGAGCCUGCCUGCCUUGCUGACUUAUGUUUUCUUGUUUCUGUUUCAGCAUUCAGGAUAAUUCCUUCAACACGACAGCUUUAGCAGAGUGUGACGGGGAUUCAGACUCUGUACAAGAAGAUCAAGCAGCCAGUUCCAGACCCAGAGAUGAUGAUAACAAAGAAAAUUAUCCGGACAACACUGCUGUCUUAGAGGAAAGGCAGCUGCCUUUGCAAGAUACUCAGCAGCACAAGCAGCAGACUGUAAUUGACUACUCUCUAAAGCCUGAAAUGGGCAACUUAAAGCUAAGAAAACCUAAACCCAUUGCAAAGCUAGAAAAUGGAAAAAGCCAUGAGGAAAGUCAGGAGCAGGAAAGUGCAUUGCUGGGCCUCCCAGAGUGUCAGGGGAAGGCUGGAUCCUCAGCUGAUGACUAUACACAGAAUGAGGCUUUCAGAUGUCAGGAAGCAGUGGUGAGAUUUCAACCAAGAAUAGAUCAGAACACAUGCAUUUCACCAAAAGAAGCAACUGAGCAAUUUAACAGCUUAAAUGAGGAAGAAAUUCCUCAGCUGCCGGCACCCAAGGAUCCAGCCCCUUCGUCAGUCCAAACCAGUGUGCAAGCUGAUGGGGCCAGUUGUGGAGAGCCUGUGCCAGCCCACAGAGACUGGCAGAAUGACAUGGACAGCAGCCCACAAGAACAUCACUCCCUAGGGACCAGUCGACUGCUGUAUCACAUUACAGAUGGAGACAAUCCUCUUUUGUCACCACGCUGCUCUAUCUUUAGCCAAAGCCAGAGAUUUAAUCUGGACACAGAGUCUGCCCCUUCUCCACCAAGUGCUCAACCUUUCAUGAUGCCAAGAAGCUCUUCUAGAUGUAACUGUGAAGACUGCAAAGAGCCACAAACAGUAGCACAACUUACCAAGCAUCUUCAGAGUCUGAAGAGAAAAAUUAGGAAGUAUGAAGAAAAGUUUGAGCAAGAAAAAAAAUACCUGCCUUCACAUGGUGACAAGACUUCCAAUCCUGAAGUUCUGAAAUGGAUGAAUGAUUUGGCCAAAGGUCGUAAGCAGCUCAAAGAGCUGAAACUCAGAAUGUCGGAAGAGCAGGACUGUACUUCUAGAGUACCCCAAAGAAAUGAUCAUUGUGAAAGUACUGGGACCUUUAAAGAGGCUGGGACACAGGAGGCCACAACCAUGGAACCAGCUCCUUCAGUAGAAGAAACCAUGGAUAGCGUAUUGAGACGAUUAAAGGAGAAAAGACACCACUUUAACCUUCCUGAGACUAUUAAGGAUAUGACAAAAAAGCAAAUGGCAUUGGAAAAAAUCAAUCUUCAGAAAUGUCUACUAUAUUUUGAGAGUAUUCAUGGACGACCUGUAGCUAAGCAAGAAAAGAGUCUCAUGAAACCUCUUUACGACAGAUACAGAAUUAUCAAGAAACUUCUCGCAACUCCAUCUUUGAUCACAACAAUUGAGGAGGAAGACUCAGAUGAAGACCAUUCUCAAAGCAGCCAUGAGUUAUCAUCUGGUCCAAUAUCUUGCCUCCCUGUCGAUGAGCACCUGUGUUACUCUCAGGAGGAGAGUGAGCCUGCGUAUGUCUCACCUCUGGAUGAAAAGAAAGUUUUCAGGCAAAAAACAGCCUUGUCUAUGUCCAAUUUACAUGAGGCAACAAUGCCCGUUCUGCUUGAACAUCUCAGAGAAACAAGAGCAGAUAAGAAAAGGCUCCGCAAAGCUCUGAGGGAGUUUGAGGAACAAUUCUAUAAACAGACAGGAAGGAGUCCUCAAAAAGAAGAUCGGGUGCCAAUGGCCGAGGAAUACUCCGAAUACAAGCACACAAAGGCCAAAAUCAGGCUCUUGGAGAUUCUCAUCAGUAAGCAUGAUAUUUCCAAAACAAUUUGAAGCGAACGCAGUGCCGUGAUAUAGUUCUCUAGCAAAAAAACCCAAGCAAACGAGUAAUGAAAAAGAGAAAGUAAUUUUACAGGUCUUGGUCUGCUGCACAAUUAUUUGACACACUGAGAUUUUUUU